UAGUUUUUAUUGGUAACGAUUGGUAGCAAUUGUUUGUUUGGAAAUGAUUUUGAAAUGAACUGUCGUCGGCGAGUAUGCGGUGCUUAACGUUCUAUUAAGAAGUGCUGAAGAGUGAUUCGUCGGAGUUUUGGAGCGUUUGGGGAAAGCGAUUGAUUUGAUUUGAUUUCACUUGGAAGACGAGAAGGUUUAUAUUGUCAAGACAAAGUCGACGUAUUUAAAACAAGUCGGCGGGCGUAUCUAAGAGAUCCUUUUUCAACUGUUGACUUGGCACAGAUCAGAACAACAAGUGUCAGAAAAGAUUCACCAAGGCGUUGGAAAUAAACCAUGCAGGAAAACAAGGAAAAUUUAUAUUCUUAUUCAAACGCUAAUAGCCUUUUAAAGAAAGAGAAAGAGAAACGACUUCAGUUGCCAGGGAGUUAUGAAGGAGAGCGUUGUAAUGAUUCCUCGAUAAUGGAGGAAACAUCUCUCUGGCAUCAGCAAUCCGAUGUGACGUUUGAAACCAUCGAACGAAUGUGCAAUAAAACUUUAUCGGAUCCAGAAAACUCAAUUCAUGAUUAUUUAGAAAAUUGGGAAACAAGAAAAAAGAAGACUUCGAAAUCUGAUGAAGAAAUAGAGGCACUCAAUAGAUUAUAUCAAGAGUUUGGGAUUGAUAAUGAAAAUAGCAGUAAGGAAGUGAACCAAACACAAUUAAGUGAGGUCGAACCUCCCUCUUGUCUUUGGGAUAAUACUGUAAAUAAUGAAACAUGUCAUCUCUCAUCUCCGGUGAAAAUUGUUGGCCUACUCCGUCCAUCCACAAUUCUAGAAGAAAGUGGAACUGAAUCUAUUGCUAGUUCCAACAGUUUCAAAAGUGCUCAACCACCUCCUACGGAAACGGCAUCGUCAGAUCAAUAUGAAACGGCGAAUGAAACACAUUCUGAAGAAUUUAAAGAACGGAUCGGACAUAGAGAUCCGAAUGAAAUAAAUGCUUCGAUUUCAACAGAUUCAGGCCGUUCAACAACGUCAAGACCAGAUGCAUCCGCCUAUUUUGAAAUGUUUCCACUUCGCAAAUUAUCUUAUCCCGAAAAAUUUAAAGGACCUCGAAUAUAUAAUAAAGCAGUUUUUCUUCCAGAGUCCGCCCAUCAGAAAGAUUAUGAAAGCUCCUUGAAAAGGUUGGAUGAAACUUCAAAGAUUUCUUCAAUAUCUAAUGACAGUUUAAAUAAGCCUAAAAGAAAGUCAAGGUCAAGUAAAUUUAUGGAAGAUAGUUUGGAGGCUGGAGGGAAUUUAGGUGAAGAGUGUAAUUCUAUGAGGGACAUAAAAAAGGAAACAAGAUUUGAAGGCUCUAGAGAUACUGAUGCAUGUCGUGACGAAUCAUCAGUGAUACUGAUUUCGGAUGACGAAGCUGACGCAACGAGUAAUGAUGAUUUGAAUAGGGGUUUCUAUAGAGACUUAGAGACUCCAACGGAUGAUUCGGUAAUAUUAAGUGAACAAAGUGACAUAAAUGUGUCCCGAGAAUUCAAUGAUACUUUGGAAGAAAUUGAAUAUAUAAUGAAAAAGGGCAGAAAGUACUUAGCAGAUCAGCAAACCACUCCAUUAAAAACGAAAUUAGUGCCGAUAGUGAGGAAAACACCAGUUUGCACUACUUCCCCUGCAACCCCAUGUACUGUUAUAAAGAAACCGAAAAGUGCAGCGAUAAAUCAGCAAAGUUCACCAUUGCUCACAAAGACGCUGUUUAAAUCUAAUAAUGUACCGAAAUUCGAUCAUAGGUUUGAUCAUAUUAUAAGUCCGAUACGAACUUACAUUCACAAUACGCCAAAAUCACCUAUUACGACAACAAUGAAAACAACGCAAAGUAUAUUUGAUACAAAGUAUGGGCGAGAGUCACGGCCACCAAGCAGAAAUAAUUUAGAAAGUUUGAAGGAAACUCCUCCAAAAGCAUUAUGCAGUCUCCCUCGAAAGGCGUAUAUUUCAGCAGAAUAUAAACAUGUUGUCGAUCAGCGAAGCCCUAUAUCUAUACCUGGGGGUGAAAAAAUACACCAAUAUCUGGGAUCAGGUAUGGUUCCUGCGGUCCUAAGACACGAAGGCAAAUUCAAGACUGAUAUGUCACCACGUAAAGAGAGAAAUUUAGAUAAAAGUUCGGGAAGUUUGGCGAACUUCUCAUUAGCUUCGGGGGAUAUGUCUGUUUUAUUAUUAAAAGACGCUAAAGAUUUAGCUUCUAAAUACUAGUUUAGAAAUUGAAAAAGAAAUAAUUUCGGACAAGAAGAGAAUUGUGUUUUAUUUAAUGUAUAUGAAGCAAAUUUAUAUUGAAGUUUCAGAGAACUUUAUGUAGUUUGUUUAGACUACGUUGCGACUUUUAA